AUGCACAGUUAUUUUGGGAAAAGAGCUCGUCCCCAAUCGAUAGCUUGCAUGUGCGAGGACAAGUUUGAGAACUCCACAGGAAAAUUUACAGUAGCAGCUUCAUACCACAAGCUAAGUGCAGAGAGAUUAAGGAAGAUGGAUAUUGCAAGCUCUAGCAAUAAUCCCAGUAGACUGAAACUUGCAAGAAGAAGAACCUGGGGCUUUAAGAUCAAAAGAAAAAUCCGGCACUUUAUUUGGAAAGGGCUCAACAAUAUCUUAUCUGUCCUGGUUAACCUUUAUGCUAGAGGAUCCAACUUGGAACAAAGGUGUCAGUUCUAUGGUGAGAUGGAAGAAACUCAGGAAACUUGUUUUUUCUCUUGA